AUGGAUUUCCUGAAUCCGUUCAGCGAUUCGGAACAGUUCAGUGUGGCAUUGAUCCUAUUAUUUGCACUUUUAAUGGUGAUAGGCUUGCUGUCAAUGUACAUUGCAUACAGAUAUUACUACAGGUAUCGGAUUGGUCGACAUACGAAAGACCCGUGAGUUAUUUUAUCAUGGUUAACAUAAUAGUUUUAUUUUUUUUAUAGAUUUUAGGUAACAAAAAGUGUUUUUUGAGCAUUUUAGGUAACAAAACUUCCUUUUUCUCAGUCUUUUGGGUAAGAAAAAGCCAUUUUUUCAAUAUUUUAGGAAAUAAAUUUUCAUUUUUUCAGUAUUUUAGGUAACAAAAACCCACUUUUUUAGCAUUUUAGGUAACAAAAAACCAUUUUUUCAAUAUUUCAGGUAACAAAGCCGGUCUUUUUUGAGUAUUUUAGGUAACAAAACAUCAUUUUUGCAAUAUUUUAGGUAACAAAAUUGAAUUUUUCGUCAAAUAUAUUUUCUGUAAAGAAAGUUUUUGCAUCAUUUUUCAAUUUUCAGAAUAUUAACCAUGGAAGAGGGUGAACUAAGAGACGAAGAAGCUUUGGUAGACAACAAAUGUACGACAGCACCACCUCUGGACGAGGCACCAUACCAACCAAUUGUACUCAAAGCAUAA